AUGUUUUUACCAGAUAUAUUUACAAGAUCAAUAAAAGCAGAAUAUGUUAUUGUUAUUACUAAAAAACAAAGAGAUCCAUAUAAUCAACGACUUCGUUUAACACUUCCACAUUUUCCCCACAAAAUAUUUGAAUUAAUAUUUAUUCGUUAUUGGCUAAAACAAUUAUCAUUUUGUUCAUUUAAAUCUUCUUUCAAUUAUUGUGACUGUUAUUUUGCUAUUUUUAAUCCAAAAAUGUUAAAAUUAAUUUUUGAAGAAAAUAAUUCUUUUUUAAAUUUUUAUACAAAAAUUGGUGGUCUACAUAUUGCUAAAAAUGAUUUUGAAUUUAAUAAACAAGCUAUUGAAUUUAUAUCAAAACAUUUAAUUGUAACAAAAUGUUUAUAUUUAUGUAUUGGAAAUAAUUUUAAAGAAGAUAUUAUUAAAUUUAUUUUAAAUUUUGGGAAGAAAAUAAAUAAAAUAUCUUUUUGUAAUGAUUAUAUUAAUAAUGCCCAUUCGACUUUAAUUGAUAUAAUUAUUGAGGUAAUAAUUAGUAAUUAA